UUCCAUGUGAGCCAUGAAGAGAAAAAGGAGGGAAUGAUGGAAGAGAGGCCAAAAAGUGAUCGUGAGAGGGGAUUUUCCACGUUUCUGCUGAGAGGGGAGUUCAAUGAGGAGGAGUCUGCGAGAUCUUUCCAGGAGGCUCUCAGACAGUGGAGAGGAGAGAAGAGAGAUGUUGCAGGAGAAACCAUGAGUGAGGAGGCGAUGUGGACACCUGUCCGACCAGUGUCAGUGUCAGCCAUGGGGACACAGACUGGCCUGGCUUCAGACAGAGGAACCAAAGGACGAGGAAAAGGAGAAGGAGAAGACAGGGUACCUUUCAGGGUGGAGUUCACAGAAAACAGCCUUACCUACAUGGACAGAUUGCUUCUCAAAAAGCAUCGCAGAACACCGAUUGAAGCCCAUAGUCCAUCGUUGGCCUUUGAAUCAGAUUUAAAAUCACAACCUAACCCAGACACCGAGGAGGAGACUGCAAGCAGCCUUACAGCUGAGGAGGAGGAUUUUCGGCGCUACUUUGCAUCCUUGUUUGCUGUCCCUCACAGCAGGGGUAGGACUGAUCCUCAGACGACCACACCUGAAUCGUGUCUCAUCAUAGAAGUCCUGGAUGAAAGAGACAGAGACAUAGGUGGAGUUUUCAUUCGUCAACAGAGGAAAGACAACAAUGGAAAGUUUUCCCCUGGUCAGCAAGUCCUCAGUAAUGGAAGAGCAACAGUUCCCCAAACACCCUUAACCAAUGCGUCAUCCUCUGAAAGUAAGUCAUCUGCAUGCUCCACUGCUGAGACUCCAAGGGCUUUAAAGAAAUCAAUCAAGACACCGACCAUAAUGUCACACAAGCCUUAUUGCUCCCCCACAGUCUAUAAAUCAAAACCUGACUGUGGAUCACCCCAACUUAUGUCCUCUCUCUCAUUACAAGAUCAAACCAGGAUCCCUAUGUCCUCCCACUCUCCUACCUCUUUUCAGCCCGAUGUCUCUCCUUUGGCUAGUGCCACACCAACACUCCCAGAGGAGCCUCGCUCCCCUUCUCCUUCCAUAUCUUUUUCUCUUCGGUCUACAUUUACAGUAUCACCAUCAAGCUCCACUGAGUCACCAUUGCUGCCCACAGUUAACCAAUCGACCCCACCACAAAUAGGCUCAGACUCAUCUCUGUUACCAGUACAACCCCAAUCUUCCCAGUUAUUCUCACAGUCAGUCUCAUCAGUGAGGCUUUCCCAAUCAUCCCCAAGCAAUCUACUGUCCCAAAGGCAAUCCCAGCAGUCCCUUUGUGACCCUGAGUUUCUCCUAUCACACCAUCAACUCCAGCUGCCUCAGUCACCUGUGUCUCCCAGCCCAAACCCGCCACCAAGAACACUGGAACCAUGUCAAGCUGUAAGACCCCCUCCAGGUGCUUAUUCAAGACAUGCGUCUACUCCAACAAAUCAGGAUACUCCAAUUGUUAUGUCCUUUACUUCUAUCUCUGGUGACCAUGAAUCUACUGCAUCACAACAGGAUACUCAGUGUAUCCCAUCACUUCUAUCACACAACUUCGUUGUCUCCCAGGAUUCUCCUUUGGCUUUGAAAGUGGAGGAGGAAGAGGAGGAGGAGUUAUCAAUAGAUAGUGGAGAUGACAUGUCCAGCGAUAGCCUUGGUCUGGCUCCACAUGAGGAUGACUCUUCAGACGAAGACACACAAAUGCAUGGACGUUUAAUGAGAGAGGAAACCAGAGAAGAAGAGCGAGCAUAUCUUGCCAUAUCUCAUCCAGAUGAUUCCCUUGUUGCUGCAGAAAGAGAAAAAGAAUUGCAGACCGAUGAGCAAGAACAGCUGUCAGAACCAGCCAUGGUGAUGCAAAGGCGGAGUGUUGGGUCUGGAUCAGAGCAGUUCUGUGAUCUGGACGGCUUUCUGCCUCUGGGUUUGGACAUAAAUUCUGGUCACUCCGACACAGCAGAUCACACACACCGUGACUCACUGCACACAAGCCGAACUUCCCUAAAUGAGUCAGAGCUUGCAGAGUCAGAAGAUUUUGGGCCAAGCAGCAGCCUCACUUCCCGCACUGAGGAACACCUGGCUAUCAGGUUGAUGAAGGGCAGCCACACGCAGCCAACUGAAAUUAAAAUUCGCUCUACCACACCCACCAGGAGAGGAGAAAUAUCAGCAACUGAACUAAGAACAUCUGUUUUAGGUCCAGUGUUGUCCCAGGCAGCAAAGGAGAUCCUGGAGAUCUGUUGUGUGGACAAGGCUGGCUGUGAGGACCCUGACCUGGAUAAUGACACAACUGAGAAUACUCUACAUGAUCUAGAGCAGGAACUUAGACUCAUGACCAAAGGGAAGCAGAACUCCAUAUUGGGUUCAGAAAAACAUGGAAGUCAAGGACAGCAUGGAGAGCAUCGUCUCACACCGGGCAGAGUCAGAGAGGAACAAAAGGAUGAGGAGGCGGCAGCACAGAGAGACCAACAGAGUGUCCUCUUACUACCCUGAGAUAUUCACACAAACAUGCACAUAAACACACUUGAUUGUACAAACACAGCAUAAAAACAAGAUGUGAAUAAUUGAAUUUGAACAAAAUAAAAGUGCUUUUGAAAGCGGGGCUAAAUAUUGA